AUGAUCUUGCUAGCACCUCUGCCUACCCAACAGCAAGUACAAGUGAUCGAAAUGCCAACGCCAGUCACCUUCCCCCUUCCCGUGAUUGACGAGAACAGCAGGACUCCAAGUGAACAGACUUUUAACAACAUCUUUAACCGACCACAUGUAAUGAUGCGCGAUCGAGAGGCUGUCGAACGAAAGCUGAAGGUUAUGAUCGAAGGUGGUAGAGAGAAAUUAAUGAUCAUCUCCGACUUCGACUAUACCCUUUCGCGAUUCGAAGACUCACGUGGAAGCCGAUGUUGGACCACUCAUGGCGUGUUCGACAACUGCGCAAAGGAGUUCGAUCCGAAACUGGCCGACAAAUUUGAGUCGCUUCGGGAGAAAUACUUCCCUAUUGAGUUUGACCCAAAACUGACCCAGGAGGAAAAGAUUCCAUACAUGGAAGAAUGGUGGAAUGCCUCUCAUAAUCACAUUGUUUCGGCUAGAUUUGACAAGCCCACUAUUGAAAACUUUGUGAGAAAGUCGAGAAUAAUCCUA